AGUUUCACCCUCAGUCUCAGCCUCUCAGGUCUCACCUGCUCACACGCAGCUCCAAGAGAGAGAGAGAGAGAGAGAGAGAGAGAGAGAUGGUGAGGCUUGGCGGGAAAAGAGUGCGUCAGGUGGUGGAGUUUGGCGGGAGCGGAGUGGGUCAGAUCCUGGCAGCCAUAGCUGCGGCUCUUCUUCUUCGAUUGUUCUCCGGCCCUGGUCCUUCUCUGUUGCCUGGAAUUGAGGACGUCGAAGACGAAGACGAUUACACGGGAAAGGACGAUGAUGGGGAACCUCAUACCAACGGGGAAGACGAUCCUAUCUCCGGAAAAGUUAUUCCGGUGACAAUUCAAUGGAGCAACAUCACAUGCUCCCUCUAUGACAAAUCCCGCAAAAAUGUACGAUUUCUGUUAAAAAAUGUGACUGGAGAGGCAAAACCAGGGAGGCUACUCGCGAUCAUGGGCCCUUCAGGAUCAGGGAAGACAACACUGCUCAAUGUUCUUGCUGGUCAGCUCACUGCUUCUCCCCGCCUGCAGCUGUCGGGUCUUCUGCAAGUCAAUGGACAACAUAUAUCAAAGAAAGCUUACAAGUUUGCUUAUGUGAAACAGGAAGAUCUUUUCUUCUCGCAGCUAACAGUCCGUGAAACACUAUCCCUUGCGGCUGAACUUCAACUUCCCCACUUGGCUUCUGCAGAAGAAAGAGAAGAGUAUGUGAACAACCUCCUAUUCCGUUUGGGCCUGGUUAAUUGUGCUGAUUCCAAUGUGGGUGAUGCAAAAGUCCGUGGAAUCAGUGGUGGUGAAAAGAAACGCCUAUCAGUUGCAUGUGAACUGAUUGCAAGCCCAUCUGUUAUAUUUGCUGAUGAACCCACGACUGGUCUCGACGCCUUCCAGGCAGAGAGGGUCAUGGAGACAUUCCGGCAGCUUGCAGAGGAUGGACACACAGUAGUUUGUUCCAUACACCAACCUCGAGGUUCAGUGUACACAAAAUUUGACGACAUUGUGUUGCUAACUGAAGGUGCUCUGGUUUAUGCUGGUCCUGCUCAUGGAGAACCACUCGCAUACUUCUCAACAUUUGGAUAUCAAUGCCCAGACCGUGUUAAUCCUGCUGAGUUUCUGGCUGAUCUCAUAUCCAUUGAUUACACUUCUUCUGAUACUAUUUACUUUUCCCAAAAGAAGAUUGAUGGUCUUGUUGAGGCAUUCUCGCAGAAGACGUCAACUAUUCUUUAUGCAACUCCCCUUAUCAGAAGUGAAGUCUUUAGGAGCACCACAAGGCUUGGAAGGAAAUCUGUUGUCAAGAGAAAAGUUGGUUGGUGGAGGCAGUUCUGGUUGCUUCUGAAACGGGCAUGGAUGCAGGCUUCUCGGGAUGGUCCUACAAACAAAGUUCGAGCAAGAAUGUCUGUUGCAUCAGCUAUAAUAUUUGGGUCCGUUUUUUGGCAAAUGGGAAGAUCUCAAACUUCUAUACAAGACAGAAUGGGAUUACUCCAGGUAUGCAACUAAUGCUUUGUGCAGGCGGA